AUUGCAAAGUCAAAGAUAACAUUGUGGUAUUCUAGAGAUUACAACUUUCACUGUGUUUAUUGUGAAAAAUUGUUACAUCCAUUGUCAGUGAUUUUGUGGGUCCUCGAAUUAGAAGAAAAUGGCGAAUGAAGAAGAAAACUCAAAACGCUUGGAAACAACGUCAUUUGCGUCUAAGUUGUGCAAAGAUAUCUCUUCUCUGUACUUAAAAAAAACAUUUUCGGAUGUUUGCUUUAUUGUUGAAGACCAAAAACUUUACGCCCACAGAAAUAUUCUGACCGUAAGAAGUCGAUAUUUCGAAAAUCUUUUAAGUGGUGGUUUGGAGGAACCUAAACAGGAAGACAUUACAAUAAAGAACGUCCCACUGAAAGCAUUUAAAAUGCUGCUGAGAUAUAUAUACACAGAUGAAAUACUCGUAACGACGUCCAAUACCGAGUUGGUCUCCCAAGUCUUCGCUUUGUCAUGCCUAUAUUCCAUGCAGGACCUCCAAGAUGUGAUAAUCUCAAAGCUGAAGCCAAUCGAUUUGAAUAAUGUUCAUCGCAUCUUGAACAUGGCGCACUUACACGAGAAAGCAGUACUGAAAAAAGCUUGCUAUUCAUUUCUCGAAGAAAAUCCUUCUGAAUUUCUCAGCGGAAAAUUUUGCGAUUUAACACAAGAGUCGCUGGUUGGAUUAAUGCAGAACGACAAUUUUUGCGCUCCCGAGAUUGAUAUUUUUAGAGCCAUUGCGAAAUGGGUUAUGAAAAAUAAAAACGGUGAUAAUUCGAUGUUCAAGUAUGUUAGGUUGGCGAGGUUAAGCAUCGACGAAAUUCUUGGGGAAGUUUGGCCCAAGGAUGUUUUUACUGAGAAAGAGUUGCUUGACGCCAUGGCGGAAAUCAGAGGCAUUUUUCCUAGAAAAACCACCCAGAGAGGAGUUAUAGUUCCGGAUGAAAAUGUGGCUAGUUGUGAUCGAGGAGGGGAAGUGUUAUGUCAGCCAGCAGAAGAAAGUGGUGAAAUAUGGCACAAAAUCAAAGCUGAUGAUAAUAUUGUUAUUAAGUUGCCGAAGCCGACUGUGAUUAACCACAUCCAUAUGAAAUUACAAACACCUGAUGACAGACACUAUAGUUAUUACGUGGAAACAUCACUAGAUGAAGCAAAGUGGGAGAAAAUUGUUGAUUAUAGGCAAUAUCCAUGUCGUUCAGUACAAGAUUUAUUUUUUGAAGAUGUAGCAACCCGUUAUAUAAGAGUGGUGGGAACUCACGGUAAAGAAACUGAUAACUUCCGAUUAUCGUCUUUGGAAGCAUAUUAUAAAGCAGUCAUUCCAUCAACGAUAAACAACUUAAUUCGACCAAUUUCGAACAUAGCUACUGAAGAACACGGCGCCGUUGUGGUUCAAGGAAGUAAGAGAGCGUACUUAUUGAAUGGAAAUACAACGAAAUACACUCCUCACACUGGAUAUACAUAUCACGAGAUGCGUUCCUUAGAUUGUAUUGUAAUUCAGUUAGCGCAGCCCUUCGUUGUUUCAAGCAUGAAAUUACUUUUAUGGGAUUUAGACGAUAGAAGUUACAAAUAUUUCAUCGAAACGUCUGUAAAUAAUGUCACUUGGGAAAUUGUAUCAGAUCGCAGGAACGAAAAUUGCAAAUCUUGGCAAGAUAUUCGCUUUGAUGAACGUCCUGUUGUUUUCAUUCGAAUUACUGGGACGGCUAACACUGAUUUUAAUAAUACGGUAUUUAUAACUCUAAAAAUAUGUUCUCUGGUAUAUCAAUCGUUACUAACAAUAUUACGUAGGCUUUCCACUGCGUUCACUUUGAAUGUCCUAGUAGGGAUUGCAACGAGGGAUAAAUGCUUAAGUAGGGAUCAGCGUAAAAUUACAACAAACUUAAAAUAUAUUUUUAAUUAAAGUAUUGCGAAGAAAA